AUGAAAACUUGGAAGAAACAUUCAAUCAACAAUAACAACAGCUGUUCUUCAAUAAUCAAAAUAGCAAAAUAUUAUUAUUACAACUCCAUAAAUACUAUUGAAAUCAUCUCUCAACAAUUCGGAAAUGGGUUUGGAUCAAUCAAGACCAACAACUUCAUCAGGGCUGCACUCGAUGGAUUCGAAAAUCUUGAUGCAUCAUCAAGCUAUCCCUUUGAUUUGGAUCAUUUUGAUCCCUUUGAAGAACCACAAAUCUUCUCCAACAAACCGAGUCCUGUCUUUGUAUGUGAUGCUCGUAAUAUUCCCGCAGAUGUGUGGCUUCAUAUUUGCUCGUUUCUUCCCGUACGUGUGUUAUAUGUACUAGUAACGAGCUCUAAAUUCUUCUUUCGGGUUUUAAUUGCUUACCGAUCUCAAUUUAACGCUUCAUCAGAUAUUGUGAGUCGAUAUUCUAGGAUGGGAUAUAAUUACUUGCUGGAAAAGUUUUUAUUUGAUGCUUUCAGAGAUUAUGGAGUGGUGAUUACAGACAAGUCUCGUCAGCAGUUUCCUCAACCAAUGCCAUAUCUGCAAACUCAUGAAAAAAGUAAUGAUACUGCAACACGUGUCAGAAAAAGAUUCUUCAACAGAAGGACUGAAUUGUUGCAAGAUUUGAGACAACGAAAUUUAUUGGCAGUAUGUUGGGGGCAAUUGGAUAUUGAGCAUGCGGAUAUGGUGGCAAAACCAAGAUAUUUAAGCUUGAUGGACAUGCGAAUAUCUGGCAACAAUGUUUCAAUAUUAAUGUCUCGAAGAAAUUUAGCUGAAAUGGUCGACGAUGAAGUCAAUACGUAUGGAUUUACAGAGGACAUUUAUGAUCAUCCUCCUCAAAACAGUUGGACUCUUUUCAUGAAUCAUGUAUUCUCUCCUGAACUUCGCUCUCUCAGUAUCAACGAUUGUCAUUUUUCAUUAGAUAUUCGAUUUGAUUGGGAUCAACUCAAUCUCUACCAACAUUGCCCAAAUUUGACAAAAAUUGAAAUUAAGCUCUAUGAAAAAUAUUGUGACUGGAUUUGUGAAAGCUUAAUUACCUUACCAAAUAUUGCAAAUCUAGUUUUAUUACCACAUAGCGAGAUUACCAAAGUAUUUUAUGAUGCGGUAAUGACUCGACUCUAUUCUGGCCAAACAAAAAAGGAAAACCAUCUCGCCAAACUCAAGCAAUUACAUAUUCUUGAAAGUUUGAAAUUCACCGAACCUCUGACUUUCUUGACUGACUGUUCCAACACGUUACAGUCUCUAACCAUCACGAUUCGAUCCAACGACGACAUUCAAUAUUUUCCAAGUUCCCUUAAAGAGCUCUCGAUCUGUUUCGAAAGGGCAUCAAAUACAAUACCUCCAAAGAUCAAACUCAAACAUUUAGAAAAGCUCGCAAUAACAGGAGCGAAAGCCAAUAGGGAACAAAUUGACAAUUUACUAAGGGCAUGUGCAAGUACAUUGAAACAUUUAACCAUUGAUCCAGAUAUUGGAAUUGAAUAUCCUAUUCCAAAAGAGCUACCGUCUCUUAAAAACGUACACAGCUGUUUUAUACACUCGUUUUCACGACCAACAACCUCUGAAGAUUUGACCUAUAUUACGAGCUUUCUAAAGAAUAAUUUUAGAACGUUGAAUCUGAGUGGAUUCUCUGUAAAUUACACAAAAAGCAUCAUUUCUGCACUUCCAAAAACACUUACUGAGCUGUAUUUGGAAGGAACCAUUUCACAACUACCCACUCACAUCAAACUUCAAAAAUUUUCAUUCACCAUUAAUGGUCAUCAACCUGCCAUUGUGCAUGCCAUUGAUACUUCCUUUUGGAAAGACUCAUUGAAAGAAUUGGUAGUGAAUGGUAAUCCACAACCCAAUGGCUCACUCACAGACAACAUUUCAAAACUUAAGAUUUUAGAAAAGCUUGUAUUGAUAUCCAUUGGAUUUGAGACCAUUCCUGCAAGCAUUUACAAACUCAAAAAUCUCAAACAUCUUGACCUUUCUCAAAAUAAUUUGAAAAAGAUUUCCAAACAUAUUGCUUAUAUGGAAAAUUUAGAAUUUUUAGAUAUUUCAAAAAACAAAAUUACCAAAAUGGACAUGACAGUAUUGAAGUUGAUGAAAAAAUUAGAACGUGUCGAAUUUGACUCUAAUCCUUUUAUACCCACUUAUGAAUCCACUCUAACAUUCAAAAAUUGGUUGUAUUAUCCAACAUUUAACACAAUUACUACAGCUUGUAAAAAUCGAUUCUUGGAAAAGAAGAGCCACAAACAACUCUAUAACAUUACAUUGAUUCGAAUUACUUGGUUUGUGGAGCUCUACAAACAUGUUCGAUUUGUGAUUAAUUUUGAAUAUUUUAAUAACAAGCGACAAAAAACAGAACGCAAGUCCUUUAGAGGUGCCAUGGAUAAGGUUUAUUGCCAGAUCUAUGAAUGGGAUUUGAUUCAACCAUAG